CACCUAAUAAUCGUUUUUCGCUAUAUUGACGGUACAAAAGAAUCCUUAUAAAUCCUUUCAAACUACGUGAGAGGUGUUUGCAUAUUUAUCGGCGUGUAUUCAUAUAUAUCCUAGGGGCCGGGUGAAGAAGUAACGCAAGAGAAUAUAUAAAAGAGGGCAAUAAAUCCGGCGGAGAGGGCUUAGGGAGGGAGAUAGAGCUACGGUGGUGGUUGCGUUGGGGGUCUGUGGUGAUUCUUGACGCGCGCAAAGACGUCGUAGUAAAUAUAUUUUGUUCGGUGGUUUGGCCAUGGCGGCGACAAUGGGAUUCGUGGUUUACCUUUUAGCAGCCUCCUGCGUGGCGGUCCUUUCCGUUUUCUACCUCCAAAGCCACCACGCGAAUGGCAGUUACGGACCACCGGCGUAUAUUUCCUCCACCAUUAAACUUGCAUCGUCGUCGCAAUUCCCUCCUCCUCUUCGAUCUGAAUCCACCGUUUGGCCGGAGUUGAAGUUUAGUUGGCGGAGUGUUCUGGCAACCAUGAUAGGAUUCCUGGGAUCCGCGUGCGGCACCGUGGGCGGAGUGGGCGGCGGCGGCAUCUUCGUCCCUAUGCUCACUUUGAUAGUCGGAUUUGAUACCAAGUCUGCCGCUGCCAUUUCCAAAUGCAUGAUAAUGGGGGCAUCAGCAUCAUCGGUUUGGUACAACCUUAGAGUGCCGCAUCCAUGCAGAGAUGUGCCAAUAAUUGACUAUGAUUUGGCCCUCAUCUUCCAACCCAUGCUUAUGUUAGGCAUCACCAUUGGUGUGGCUCUCAGUGUCGUCUUCCCCUAUUGGCUCAUAACUGUCCUUAUCAUCAUUCUAUUCAUAGGGACUUCUUCAAGGUCAGCUUUCAGAGGGAUUGAAAUGUGGAAAGAGGAAACUAAAAUGAAGAGAGCUGAGGCUGAGCGUCAAGCUAUAGCCAAUUCACAUGGUGAACUUUCCAUUAAUACUGAAUAUGAGCCACUGGUCCCUAAGGAAGAGAGAACAGGAUUGACACUUAUGAUGUUCAACCUGAAUUUGAAGAAAGUUUCUAUUCUAUUCCUUGCAUGGAUUUCCUUUCUGCUCCUUCAAAUCUUAAAGAAUGAUAUUGUAGCUUGUAGUCCGUCGUACUGGGUGCUCAACUUAUUACAGUUUCCUGUUGCACUAGUACUGUUUGGAUACGAAUGCGCCAAACUUUACAAAGAAAGCAAGAGCAGGAGGCUUGCAGGGAACCAAGAACUGAUUUGCGAGGCCGCCAUUGAUUGGACUGUCACUAACCUUGCGUUUUGUGCCCUUUGCGGCAUCAUAGGUGGAACCGUUGGCGGCUUGCUGGGUUCUGGUGGCGGUUUCAUCCUCGGCCCUCUCCUUCUCGAGUUUGGCGUAAUUCCCCAGGUUGCCAGCGCGACAGCAACGUUUGUGAUGAUGUACUCGUCGUCACUAUCGGUUGUUGAGUUUUAUCUUCUAAAGAGAUUCCCCAUGCCUUAUGCUUUAUACCUCACGAGCGUGUCGGUUCUGGCGGGCUUCUGGGGUCAGUUUUUGGUCAGAAAAAUCGUCGCAAUCUUAAAGAGGGCGUCAAUCAUUGUGUUCAUCCUCUCUGGCGUUAUUUUCGCCAGCGCUCUCACGAUGGGGGUUAUCGGGAUAGAGAAGAGUGUGAGCAUGAUACAGAAUCACGAGUUCAUGGGGUUUUUGGAUUUCUGUACCAGCCAGCAAUGAUGGAAGAUGAUAAUGCAUGUAUCACAAAAAGAAAUAAUAAUAAUAAUAAUAAUAAUAAUAAUAAAUGUAUAGAAAAGGUUACGUUGGAGGGAGAAUUGUUGGUCAAUGCCUAAUUGACCGCAUCAUAUCCCUGCAGAACCUUUUCAUCUGUUGCCGAAGGUUAGCCACCGCUAACCGCAUCGGCAAGCAGCAUUAUUGCAACAAUCGUUGCUCUUUUGUGGCAGUGUCGUCCGGUUGGUUAUCGAUCAGUAACGUACCCGGCGUCAAGUUGCCACCAUUCUGUUCAAUGUAAUGUAAUGUAAUAUAAUUAGUGUGUGUGUUUUUUAAAAAGUUUUUUAUUUCUUUUUUUUUUAAUGA